AUGGACAGCAAUACUACCACAAAUUCUAAUAACAACAAUUGCAAUUUCAUGUCAUGUGAGAAGCUGGAUAGGGUGGCCAAUUGGGUAGGGACCAACGUGGCAUCUGCUUUCUUUGCGUCUCUAGAAAGAUGCUCUUGCAUCAACCUCAAUACUACCGAUCUUGAAGACGAUGGCGAAGCCAAGGACCGUCCUCUCAUGCUCACCAAGCCCACCUCCCAUGACCACCACCUCGAUGCCCAGCCCCCAUCACCAGCGAUGCCCCUAAGCUCGCCGUCUGAUCAUCCUAAUGAUCAAGAUGAUAAUUACCAAUCUUUUUUAGGGUUUGUUUCUUUUCUGUAG